AGAGUGACAGAUCCUCUGUCUGGUACCUCAAAAGAAGUGUAGCUCAAUAAAGCAACGUUAACGGGUCCCAAGCCCCCUCUCUUUACCCUUUUCUCCACACAUUCACACAUUACAUAUAAACAUUCUGAAUAAAGUGAGCUCAAACUCAUAAGCCCAGCUUAAAAGAUGAAAUUAACGAGAACUAAAUCAAACAUAAACCAUAUCUAAGCAAACAGAUAUUCAAAAAGCAAAAGUGGAUACUAGUACUACUUCUUCAAUCAAUCACAUCUUGCUUCACUUUAUUUUUUUUAGAAGUAGUAGCUACAUAUACUCACUGUUAUUCUCUCUUUUUAUCUUAUUCUUUCCCACAUUUCAAAAUCUUUAUUUUGGUAUUUUCAUUAUAUAUUUUUCUGGCUCUUGUUCAAGCUCUGUCUGUAUCUGCAUUUGCUUCUUGGCUUCUGAGAUCUUCGUUGCUAGGUUUCAUGUGAUGAUAUAUACGAUAAGCAAAUAUGCAAAGAGUUUUUGAAUCAAAAGCUAUUCCUGGGAAAUUGCCUGCAACUGCCAAAAUAUCUAAUGCACAAUUGGCUAUAGUAAGGGAAGAUGUAGGUGAAUAUGAGCAAGAUCCUAAAGAUUUAAAAUCUCAAAACUCUGCAAGAGCUUGGAAAGGAAAAGAACCUGUGCAGGAAAGUGAUGAACUGACUUUUGAUGUUUUCACACUUAAAGGAAGCAGGGACUCGUUUAGUGAUAGUGGCGCUGAUUCUUUCCGUGGAGCUAGUCAUCCUCCGGAGCCUGUUGAUAUGGAUCUGAUGAGGCCAGUCUAUGUGCCCAUCGGGCAAACCAAAUCUGAUGGCAAAUGCUUGAUUAAAAGUUUGUCCACGAAAGGCCCGUUUAUAGAAGAUCUCUCAAUUCGGGCUUCUGGGAUCAAGAAAACUCCACCUUUUCUCGAAGAGGUUAAUGAAGCAGGGGUGGUGAUUACACCAGUUUCAGCUCCUCGUUCAUCACAUAAUACUGAGAAUUCUCCACACCCCUUAGACUCUGAGGAAAAAGAAUGUGUUUGGGAUGCCUCUUUGCCUCCUAGUGGGAAUGCAAGUCCUCACAGUAGCAUAGAUAGUAUAGGUGUUGGUAGUGCUAUGAGCCUUGUGUAUAGUUGUACCAGCACAUAUCGAAGUGACGGGAUCAUGAGUGAUGGAAUGUUUAGUGUUGAUAGGAAUUAUGAAAGUACUAAAGGAAGCAAUCGAGGUGAUUUUUCUCUUGAGAGUGGGAAAACCAGCAUGAGCCGAGCAAGUGAUAGUAGUGGCCUUAGUGAUGAUAGUAGUUGGAGUAAUUUUACUGGGAUUGCUAAUAAGCCACACAAAGGAAAUGAUCCAAGGUGGAAGGCUAUUCUUGCCAUUCGAUCACGGGAUGGAAAUCUGGGAAUGAGUCACUUUAAAUUGCUGAAGCGACUUGGCUGCGGUGAUAUCGGUAGUGUGUAUCUCUCAGAGUUGAGUGGGACUCGAUGUCACUUUGCCAUGAAAGUGAUGGACAAGGCCUCCCUCGCAAGCAGGAAAAAGUUGACUAGAGCUCAGACUGAGAGGGAGAUAUUGCAGUUGUUAGAUCAUCCAUUCUUGCCUACUUUGUAUACGCACUUUGAGACUGAUAGAUUUACGUGCCUGGUCAUGGAAAAUUGUCCGGGUGGUGAUUUGCACACCUUGAGGCAAAGGCAGCCUGGUAAACACUUCUCAGAGUAUGCAGCACGGUUUUAUGCUGCAGAGGUUCUUUUGGCACUUGAGUAUCUCCAUAUGCUAGGAGUUGUUUACAGAGACCUAAAACCGGAAAAUGUGCUAGUACGUGACGAUGGCCAUAUUAUGUUGUCUGACUUUGAUCUUUCCUUAAGAUGUGCUGUGUCACCCACACUCAUGAGAAACUCAGCAUUUGAUUCUGAUCCUUCAAGACGAGCUGCAUUUUGUGUUCAGCCUGCCUGUAUGGAGCCUUCAGCAGCAUGCAUACAGCCAGCCUGCUUCCUUCCCCGAUUUUUCCCUCAGAAAAACAAGAAAGGCAAUCGAAAACCCCGAGUGGAGCCAGGUUUUCAUGUAAACAGACUCCCUGAGCUCGUUGCAGAGCCUACAGCAGCCCGGUCCAUGUCUUUUGUCGGCACUCACGAAUACUUAGCCCCAGAGAUAAUCAAGGGAGAAGGCCAUGGCAGUGCAGUUGAUUGGUGGACAUUCGGCAUUUUCUUGCAUGAACUACUCUACGGAAAGACCCCUUUUAAGGGAACAGGAAACCGUGCAACACUUUUCAACGUGGUUGGUCAGCAGUUAAAGUUUCCAGAUUCUCCCCCAACAAGCUAUGCCAGCCGGGACCUGAUUCAAGCCUUGCUUGUGAAGGAGCCACAAAAUCGAUUCGGAGUGAAGCGUGGUGCAGCUGAGAUCAAACAGCAUGCCUUCUUCGAAGGGGUGAACUGGGCUCUGAUACGCUGCAGCACGCCACCUGAGGUGCCGAUGCCAAUGGAACCUGAAGUCCCUGUAAAGUCUGCACCUAUUGAUCCAGUGGGGUUUGGAAGCAAUAGUAAAAGAAUGGUAGGGGCUGAUAUUAAGCCUGGUGGUAAAUUUUUGGACUUUGAGUUCUUUUAAUCGUUGGUAGAGUAUUCUUAGGUUUGGGUCUCAUACUGGUUUUAGUCAUUAGUGGUCAGUUGAUGCCACAAAAUAUUAACUAAGCCAUGAAUUUUUUUCCCUUGUUAAUUUAUACUCCUCUUACUGAACUGUGACAAAGGAAGUCUGGAAUCUACUGCCAAGUCUUUACCUA